AUGGUGGACUACUGCACGACGAAGCAGAUUUCGACAUUCGUGCUCGCGCUUAUCGGAUUCUCCAUCCUCGUCUUCUUCAUUGAGGAGUAUACAGAAGAGAAUGAAAUGGAAAACGAAAUGGAAAUGAAGAAGGCAUUUUACAGUGAGUUGCGAAACAAAUAAGGAAAGUGAGGCUUGUUGCAGAGAGUGAACACGGGACGGAUUCGACGAGGAAAGCGACGGAAUAUCCAAUAGAAGAGUGUUGGAAAUACGAACCGAUUGAAGUUGUUACACAGUGCACUGCGUGUAAGGACUUCGAGAUAAAGGCCAUAAAAGCAGGUGGGUCCAUGACUGAAUGACUGACUCGGAGUUUCUCCAAACCAUCGACAUAUUCCAUCUCCAAACAUUUCCAGCUCACUGCCUAAAAACGGGAUACUACGACCGUGUGAACUGCUCCAAAUCGUCGACCACUGUGCUCCGUCCGUGUCCGUCUCCGAAAGAAGCCCGACGGAGAGAAUUCUAUGGAUUCUGUCUGUUCAAUUCGAUCGCACUCGUUGGGAGUUACGUGGCGACGGCUCAACGGAAGGCAAUGCUCGACCGGGCGACCUACAUGCGCCUUCCCCAGUUCUGA